AGGCCUUUUGCUCCACUACUACUCAAAUGUCUACAACAAAGUGCCCUAUGUUAUCUUCUGUACAUGCAAUCUUUCAUGGACUUCAGGAGUCACUUCAAGAUGACUUGGCAGUGCUUCCAGAUUCAGCACCAUGGAAGCUGCAGUCUGCACUGACAAGUGCUCAUCACAAGCUCAGUAAUUAUCACUUCAAGGUUGACGAGUCACCUUUCUAUGUCUGGGCUUCUAGUAAGUCAUCUCUCAUUGCAAAUUGGUUCAGCUAGCUAAUUAUCUGUGUAUUCUGAAGUUCUUGACCCCCACAUCUCAUACU